AUGUCAGCCGCAGGUGGUGGUGGUGCAUACAGCUUCUCUCUUACUACAUUUAGCCCAAGUGGAAAACUUGUACAGAUCGAACAUGCAUUAGCAGUGGUGGCUCAGGGUACAACUAGCUUGGGUAUUAAAGCUACCAACGGCAUUGUAAUUGCCACGGAGAAGAAAUCUUCAUCCAUACUUGUCGAUGAGUCAGCUAUCGACAAGGUCUGCGUCAUUUGCCCAAAUAUUGGGAUUGUGUACUCAGGAAUGGGACCGGAUUAUCGGGUGUUAACCGCAAAGGCACGCAAAAGUGCUCAAGCAUACUGGAAGAUGUACGGAGAAUACCCUCCUACUCGAGUGUUAGUCCAGUCUAUUGCAACUGUAAUGCAAGAAGCAACCCAAUCUGGUGGUGUCCGACCCUUUGGUGUAUCCCUCUUGGUCGCUGGCUGGGAUUCACACCGAGGUCCAACCCUUUACCAGGUAGAUCCUUCUGGGUCUUUCUGGGCGUGGAAAGCGAGUGCGAUAGGGAAAAAUAUGACAAACGCGAAGACUUUCCUAGAGAAGCGAUAUAAUGAUGACAUAUCCCUUGAGGACGCCAUCCACACCGCGCUACUGACGCUCAAAGAGGGCUUUGAAGGCCAAAUGACUGAGAAGACAAUUGAAAUCGGGGUGGUUACUAUUCCAACUGCAGAGGAGCUUGCAGAGGUUCCUGUCGGUGGUGAAAGAGUGAAGCCCGUAUUCCGAAAGCUGACAGAGGAACAAGUUGCCCAUAGAACACCGACUAUUCGCUCUCGGUCGAUUCGCUCAGGUACAUCUGAGCCCCCGAAACCCAAAGUACCUGUGUCUCUCGCCCGACGUUUGCUCUUCCCCAACCUUCCUCCGACAACGCCCCUCCCCCCUAUUCUGACACUCGGUUUGUCUGAAGAUGAUCCUACGCUAGUUGAACUCAAUAAAGAGCUUUAUGACUUUUUGGCUCUUGCUUUGCGUGCUUUUGUCCAGGUUUGGUGGGGGCAGAUAACUCCUCGCGACAGGGAUCUCAUACCACAGAUCACUCGAGUAAUCAUCCAUGUGAUCCAAGAUAUUGAACAGAGGGCCUCGAGUGUGGACCUCAGUAAUUUGGUGCUACACCAGAUCCCAACUUUAGUCGAUCUGCACGUCAAUGACUACCGUGUGGCAGCUAUGAGAAUGGGAACCGCUUUCACAAAUACAUCACCCUCACCGACAAUAGCAGGUUUAUUUCACAUGUUGCAGCCGCACGUAGCUAUUCAGACCAACCAAGAAGUUGGCACACCUAUUAUCUCCGAAGUGUACUUGCGUCAGCUUGUCGAAAAUAUCUUGAAGCUUUCGUUACCCCCGGAAGAUUGGGAGUCGGAGACUGAGAGGUGCAUUGUACGAGAAAUCCUGGCAUGCGUGGUGCUUGGGAAUGUGUUCAAGAAACUCGCACAACCUUGGUUUUUGCAUCAGAUUAUACUAGGACUUCUUAAACCCCCAUCUAUACAACCCGAGAGACCCCCACGAAUAACUAUUUUGAAAGCCCUCAAAGUCCUCCUCACGGUUCCAUGUACCUUCGGUCCAGGUUUUGGUGAUAUUCGUCUUAUCGGCCAUGCAAACAAUAUCCAGUCUGGCCCUAACCGUCAUCUCUACAUUCCAAUAUAUUAUGACAUUGACCCAUGCCGCGAAUCGCAGUCACGAACGGCGAAAGCGACCCAACGUAAGGAUACUUCUGAGUCGAUCAUGUCAUUGUCGUCAAGUUUGGAAGGCAAAAUUGAGACGCCGACCGAAAUUAUCCCAGAAGAUAUGGCCAACGAAGAUAUAUUGUUACCUUCAUUGAAGCUCGUUGGUGAUUUGAUUCAGGUCGAAGACAGGCUCCCUAUAAAUACUGUUCUUCUACUUUUACGGCUUUCAAGCAGGUUAUGUCAACCUUGGCUUGAGAAACUUAUUCCAUUUAUGCUUUACCGCAUAAUAUCGCCCAUAUCGCUGAUCGGCGCCAUUCAAGCCGGCAAGAGGGCGCUCUUUCCCAAUGAUGGUUGGCCCGGCCCUGCUCCAGCUGAACCAACGAUCGAAGAGCAACUUCUUUGCGCGAGCAAUUGGAGGGUCGCUUGA